AUGAAGCACGCCUACUGCGAGGAUGGAGAAGUACAACUUGAAGACACUCAAAUCGUUGAAACUUCGUCAUACGUAUACUUCGGACGUUCUAUGAACAUGGAAAACGAUUUGGGGGAAGAAGUGAAUAGAAGGGUGAGAGCAGCACGGGCAGCAUUCGCACCCGUCAGGGAAGCUACAGAUCAACUGACGGACCAAGAUCUUCGUGCCCAUCUGUUUGACUCAAAAGUUCUUCCAGCGCUCUGUUACGCAACAGAGACCUGGACAGACACCACCAUCGCGUCUAGGAAGCUACUCACUGCCCACAGAGUAGUUGAGGGAUGUCUUCUGAAGUUUAACCGGAGCACACAACACCUAGCCGGUCUUCGCAGCUUCGACUUAAGAGCAAUACCCCGGUCGCGACCCAGCGGAAUAACGGGUCGGUUACAUUAUGAGAAGAAUCGAUGA